AUGCUUGUCCUCGCAUUUAUUGAUUUACUAUCUCUCGCCGCAGCUCAGGGUAACAUUACCGCUGGUCUAGCACCGUGUGCAAUAUCAUGUUUGAACAACGCAACCGCAUAUUCCGGCUGUUCAGAAGCCGAUACAGACUCAGCCAUCGCAUGCACAUGUUUCAGUCCCAAAUUCCAGCAGGUCAUCGGCCCCUGCAUCAUGCAUAAUUGCAAUGAAGCGGACUUCGAACUACUUCUCCAAGACGCAACCCAGCUCUGCGCUGCCGUCGGCGGCACCCCAGUCGACAACGCCGCAGCCAUCAGCUCCUUCUCCAACGAAGCUGGCGCGGCUGCGCUCUACACUUCAUUUGAAGCGGAUGGUUUGGCUUCUUCGCGCCUUGCUAUCGCUUCGAGUCAGGAUAUAGCCAAUAGUUUGCAGAUAGAAGAUGGAGGUGCCGCCCCGGCUACGACGACGGGAAAUACGGUGAGUGCGACUGUUACGCCAACAGGUACGAGUAUGGCAGGGACUGGGAACUUUGGGGGUCCGUCGUCGGCUAGGACUGGGACAGCGGCUAUCGCUGCGUUUACUGGGGGUGUUGGUGGUAGAGGAGGCGUGCCUGUGGCUGCUUUUGGGGCUAUUGGUGUGGUUGUGGCUGGGGGCGUGUUGUUGUGA